CACAACAUUACCCUCUAGCGCGCCGCUGCUGUACUGGGACUGCGCAGUGAGGACAGUGGUAGACAUGAGCUCUGCGGCUCGUCUCUCCUGUGCUCGGCUAAGGUAGCGUAGGUAUCACAGGGGCGAGAGUGAAGCACGCUGGGAGCACGCGGCACAGAAUACUGCAAUCUGGAAUCAUGGACUCCUCUACUCCCGUUGGUGUAUGCCUUGAUAUGUGCCCGGCGAGAGAGAGGCGAGAGCGGGAAAGCCAAGGACGUCUGCAUCAGUUUGAAAUACAGAGUGUUCAGUGGACAAAUAAAGGUCACAGAAGAAGAGGUCAUCCUGUUGCUGAUCCCAAAAAGACUGUGAAAGAGUACAGGCGCCCUGCGGCAGGGAAAGAGCUGUCCUGCCCAAUAGACCUGCGGACCCCUGCAACCCUAGCCAAAACCGUUCAGUAUCUCUUGAUGGAAGUCUGGCCAAGUGUCAACUACAGGGAUUUGUCGAGUUUGUCCAAGGCUUACUCUUUUGUGUUUGACCGCCUACGUGCUAUUAGACAGGACCUGAUUGUGCAAAGAAUUAGGGGGAAGGGAGGGGCUCUUGUUUUAGAAGGAAGCCUUGGGUUUUUGCUUUGUGCCCCCUAUUUGGUGAGGGACUUGUCGAUAGCAGACUAUGAUGAAGUGCUACACUGCACGCAGGUACGGGAAUGCUUCGCUGAGCUAAUGGAGUGUUACAGAGGGGCUGCAGGAUUUACAAGACAAGCUGAAUUUCAGUCUCUUCUUCUUCUUUAUGACUUAGGUAACCUGGAUACUAUACACAGAGCUCUGCAACUCCCUCAUGGGCUCCUGCAAUCUGCACAUGUCCGUCUAGCCCUCGGUAUAAGCAGAGCCCACUUAGAAAAUAACUGGGUACGGCUUUUUCGCCUGGUGUACCAACUGAACUGCCUUCAGGCUUGUGCUUUUUACCGCCACUUGCCAAGCUCCCGCCACAAGGCACUUUGCACCCUAAUACAUGCGUACAGCAGCCGGAACUGUCGCUUCCCACUUGACCUCCUUACCAGAAUGAUGGCACUGGACAGCCCUUCACUAACCACUGAAAUGUGCACCAAGCGCGGACAGACGGUAACGUCCGGAGAACAACCUUCAGUCUUGUUCCUGAAAACAGCACUCAAGGAUGUGAAGCUUGAGCUUCCGGGCCGAGAGAUGAACUUGGUGGAGCAAAAGAAAGGCAAAGCGUCUUGGGCAGAAGUGAUGAUGGGACAGGACGGUGGCAUCACAAACCCAAUAACAUCAUUACAUUAGAUUUGAACCCAGGCUGUCUGGCUAAAUAAGACCCUAAACAUUUUUUGUGUGGAUUUCAAAAACUUUAUUUGUAUAAAAAAAACAACCUUAAAGUGUGACAUUAUACCUAGAAAUGGCGAUGGUCACCAUGCUUUGGUGCUGGCGUUUUAUUUCUGCCGCUGUUUUAGUCGGUAUUGUGUGUGCUUUUUGUUUCAUACAAUAAGUUUUAGUUUAGUCUUUUAAGCAGUCUGUUUUUUAAGCAUGGCCAUCUUAUUUCCUGCUGAAGUAUGCCUUCUUCUCAAGGUAUAUUUACAUUUUAUAUGUUUCUUAGGAAACUGGAAUAAAGUUUUAUCUCACCACUAUACAGGAUCGGUCAUCAGUAUCAGAUGGUAGUGAUCUAACCACCCGCACCCCCACUGAUCAGCGGUUUUAGACAGCUGCUGUAACUGGAAAGUAGACAGCGGAUGGUACCAGAAGCAGAAGGCUCCAUCCACUGUGUAGUGGCUAAACUGCUAUACGCUGGCACCUGAAACCUCACCAUGAAAGGAGCCUUCAGCUUCCUGCUCCAUCUACUGUAUACUUUCCAAUGCCGGCAGCUGAUCCGUGGGGAUGCAGCUUGUCAGGUCCCAUCUGACCUGAUGUUGAUGAGGAGGAUAGCUUAUCAAUAGCAAAGUCCCGGAAAAAACUCCUUUAAAGGGAACUUGUCGCAAUGUACAUGCCUUCCAACCUGUGGGUAGGAGAUUAUGGUGCAGGAGUAGCUGAGAGAAUUUAUAUAUAGUUUUGUGGGAACAGAUUCUGUUUAACUUCUAUGUAUUAAUUUAAACCUUCUGCUCUUUUUAGCUGGUUGGUCCUACCAGUGGUUGGUCCUACCCAGUGACUGACCAUAGUCAUCGAGGGGAUGCUGUGAUCACUGAUGGGCUCUGAAGAAUAAGAUAAUUAGAGGUUUAAAUGAAUAAAUGACAAGUUAUACUUAACAUGCUGCCUGCAGGCCAGUCCUCAUGCUUAGGCCUCAUGCUAGCGGCCGUUCCGUGCAUUGGAGACAGCAAUUGCGGUCCCCAAUGCACAGGCAACAUCCGUGCAGCGGGCCGGGCCCAUUCAAUUUAAAUGGGUCCAUUGUAUAUCCGCACUGCAAAAAAAUAUGACAUGUCAUAUUUUUUUGCGGUGCGGAACCAUGGAAAGAAACAUAACGGAAGCACUCUGUAGCGCUUCAGGUGUUCAGUUCCGUGACUCCGUUCCGCAUCUCCGGAAUUGCGGACCCAUUCAAGUGAAUGGGUCUGCAUCCGUGAUGCGUAGUGCACACGGCCAGCGGCCGCCGUGGAUUGCCAACCCGCCGUUUGCUGGCCGCAAUACGGCUGUGUGCAUGAGGCCUUAACAUGAGGUUCCCUUUAACCCGUUGCUUUUUUGACAGUAUUUGAAGUUGCCUUCCACAUAACAUCAACAUUUAACAUGGGUGACAUAUUGUGUAGUUUUAAAGAACACAGUAGAAAACCUUUCCCAAACUUUCUGGAUGGCGCAGUUUGCAUUUCUGAUAAUCCCGUGGCACAUGCGGACGUCCACUCCAUGAGACAGAAUGUAGGCAGGUGGCAGCUGUUUUAUUCGGUGCAGUCUAUGACUGCUGUAACUAAUCCUAGUACAAUAAGCGCACAGGGCUCUAAUCCUAACAAUUGAUUCGGCCCUUUUUGUUUUAGUUGGUAUAGAAAAUGCUUCUGGAAUUAGUCUGUAUUUCCACAACCAGUGGACAUCUGGAGAGGUGGGUUCGUACGCAGGAAAUGCCGAAAAUAGAGUUGAAAUAAGGGCUCAUGCGCACGAACGUGAGAACUGCUAAUUGCGGUCCCCAAUGUACAGGCACCGUCUGUGUGGCGUGUGCUGACAGAUGCAGACCCAUUCAACUUGAAUGGGUCCGCGAUCUGUCCGCAUCGCAAAAAAACAGAGCAUGUUCUAUUAUUAUUUUUUUGUGGUGCAGCGGCAGACCGAAAUGCCGCGGAAGCACUCCCUAUCUACCGGAUUUCAGACCCUUUCAAGUGAAUUGUUCCACAUCUGUGAUACAGUGUGCACACAACCGGUGUCCGUAUAUUGCGGACCCUCUGUUUUGAAGGCCGCAACACAAGCACGGCUGACACACGUUGGUGUGCAUUAGCCCUAACGCUGGGUUCACACCUAGGCGUUUCUCAAACGCGCGUUUCUAUGCGCGUUUUAUGCGCGUUUUUUUUUUAUAGUGAACGCGCGUUUGGGUGAUUGACAGCAGUGUU